AUGGGCAAGUCAGAAAGCCAGAUGGAUAUAACUGAAAUGAACGCUCCAAAACCAAAGAAGAAACUGCGAUGGAGCGGCCUGGAAAUAGGGCUAGCUGUUGUAGCGAUUCUGCUAGCUAUUGUAGCGAUCACAAUGAUAGUUCUGUAUGCAACAUAUGACGAUGGGGUUUGCAAGACAUCAGACUGUAUAAAAUCAGCAGCCCGAAUCCUUGAGAACAUGGACACCACUGCAGAGCCUUGUAACGAUUUUUACCAAUAUGCCUGUGGAGGAUGGCUUAAGAGGAACGUCAUUCCAGAAACCAGCUCCCGUUAUAGUAACUUUGACAUUUUAAGAGACGAAUUAGAAGUUGUUUUAAAAGAUGUCCUCGAUACACCAAGUAGUAAUGAUAUAACAGCAGUGCAGAAGGCAAAAACUUUGUACAGAUCGUGCAUAAAUGAAACGACCAUUGAUAGCAGAGGUGGAAGGCCUUUAAUCAGUUUAUUGCCAAAUGUGUCUGACUGGCCUGUAGCAACCACUAACUGGGAUUCUUCCUAUGGUACUGCUUGGACAGCUGAGACAGCUAUUGCACAGCUGAACUCCAGAUAUGGGAAAAAGGUCCUUAUUAAUUUUUUUGUUGGCACAGAUGAUAAAAAUUCCACCGCACAUAUCAUUCAUAUUGAUCAGCCUGGGCUUGGCCUGCCUUCUCGUGACUACUACGAAUGCACUGGUGCAUACAAAGAGGCUUGUUCUGCCUAUGUUGAUUUCAUGAUUUCUGUAGCUAAACUAAUCCUACAAGAAAGAAAUAUUUCUUUCAAUGAGAGCGAGAUUUCUGAACAAAUGAAGAGAGUUAUGGACCUGGAGAAAGAGAUUGCCAAUGCAACAACAAAAUCUGAAGACAGAAAUGAUCCUCUUUUGCUGUACAAUAAAAUGACGUUGGCACAACUCCAAAACAACUUCUCAUUGGAAAUUGAUCAUAAGGUAUUCAACUGGUCAAAAUUCAUAAAUGAUAUCAUGUCAACUGUACAAAUUAACGUUGAGAACACCGAACACGUCAUUGUUUAUGAUCCAGAAUACCUUAUCAGACUGAAGUCUAUUCUUAAUAAAUACACUCCCAGAGACCUUCAAAAUUACAUGAUCUGGAGAUUCGUAAUGGAUCUUGUCAACAGCCUAAGCCGUAACUACAAGGACACAAGGAAUGCUUUUCGUAAGGCGCUUUACGGCACAACAUCAGAAACUGCUGUUUGGCGUCGUUGUGCAAACUAUGUCAAUGGCAACAUGGAGAAUGCAGUGGGACGAUUAUAUGUAGAGGAAGCAUUUGCUGGAGACAGUAAACAUGUGGUUGAGGAAAUGAUUGCAGAUAUACGUGAUGUUUUUAUAAAAACCUUAGAUGAACUUACCUGGAUGGAUGCAGAAACCAAAAAGAAAGCAGAACAAAAAGCAACAGCAAUUAGAGAGAGGAUUGGCUACCCAGAUGAGAUUGUGACUGAUGACAAUAAGCUGAACAGCGAAUACCAGGAGUUGAACUACAAAGAAGAAGAAUACUUUGAAAACAUUAUUCAAAAUUUAGUAUUUACCCAAAAGAAAAGGUUGAAAAAGCUUAGAGAAAAGGUGGACAAAGAAGAGUGGAUAAGUGGAGCUGCUGUUGUCAACGCUUUUUAUUCAGCAAGUAGAAAUCAAAUAGUCUUCCCUGCUGGCAUUUUGCAGCCCCCUUUCUUCAGUGCAUCCCAGCCCAAAUCUCUGAAUUAUGGUGGCAUAGGCAUGGUCAUCGGUCAUGAAAUCACACACGGUUUUGAUGACAAUGGCAGAAAUUUUAAUGAGAAUGGAGACCUUAUAGACUGGUGGACUGAAGAAUCAGCACGCAAUUUUAAGGAGCUAUCCCAGUGUAUGGUGUACCAGUAUGGAAACUUCUCAUGGGACCUAGCAGGUGGACAGCAUCUGAGUGGAAUCAACACACUCGGAGAAAACAUUGCUGAUAACGGGGGUGUUAGACAAGCAUAUAAGGCCUAUGAAAACUUUGUGAAAAAGCAUGGAAAAGAAAAACUUCUUCCUGGUCUUGAAAUGAACCAUAAACAGCUGUUUUUUCUGAACUUCGCACAGGUAUGGUGUGGAACAUACAGACCAGAAUAUGCUGUGAACUCCAUCAAAACUGACGUGCACAGCCCAGGCAAAUUCAGGGUCAUAGGAUCAUUGCAAAACUCCCCGGAGUUUUCUGAAGCCUUUUCAUGCACCAAGACAAACUACAUGGAUCCUGCUAAAAAGUGCCGAGUUUGGUGA